UCAGCUGUGUCCAAUCACAGCUGAUCACAUGGCACAUAUCAGUGCCUACCAGUGCACAUCAAUGCCACAUAUCAGUGCCCAUCUGAGCUGCUUUCAGUGUCACCUAUUAGUGCCAGUCAGUGCCACCUACCAAUGCCAGUCAGUGCUACCUGUCAGUGCUGCCAAUCAGUGCCAGUCAGUGCCGCCUAUCAGUGCCAGUCAGUGCAGCCUAUCCGUGCACAUCAGUGCUGCCUAUCAGUGCCACCUAACAGUGCCAGUCAGUGCCACCUAACAGUGCCAGUCAGUGCCACCUAAAAGUGUCAGUCAUCGCCACCUAAAAGUGUCAGUCAGUGCCGCCUAUCAGUGCCAGUCAGUGCCGCCUAUCAGUGCCAGUCAGUGCCGCCUAUCAG